CUCUCUGAUACUGAUAAGUAACAGAAAACAUUUUCAACGUAUCAGUUAUAACUGUUAUAAGGCACCUUGCGUAAUUCUCGAUUUGUAUCUGAUAUCUCUCAUAUUCUUUACACAUGCGUAGUCACUAUCUGUUUUUUAUUCAUUUCUGAAUAAUCAUCAGUUGGAGCAUACACUUCUUUAAUAUUUUUUAAAAAUCUUGAAAUUGAUUAUAAAAUAAUCAUGAGUGAACGGCUAAAAAUGAUAGAUGAAUAUUAUAAUAAUUUGGAAUAUUAUAAUAAUUUAGAGAUCAACAAACAAAAAGCAUUAACAGAAAUAUUAGCUUUAGCUAAGGAAAUAAAAGUUACAAAUGUUAAUAAUUUCUCACAGAGAUUUCUUAUGACAGCAUCUAUAAUCGAAAAAAAUUUGUCCCUUUUCAAAUCUGUUAGUGAACAUGUAGAUGUAAUUACUACCAUCAUUAAAUACUUAAAUUAUUUUGGUACAAGAUUUAUGCUUGAUAGUAAAUAUGAUGAAGAUUAUAUGAAAGAUGAUGUAGUUUUAUUAGUACUAGUUACAAUUCUAAAUUUAUGUAAAGAAUACGAGAUGAAAUAUUUUUUGGAAAAUGCCGUCAUCAAGAAUUCUAUACUGGAAAAAUCAGUUCGAUACAAUCAGUUGACACGUUACAAUGAAAUGAUAGUUCUAGAAGAUUCAGAUUUGUAUGCGGUUAUUAGUUACUUGAAGAAUAGAAAAUCUGUUUUGCUGUCUUUAAAUAAAAUUUCGAUUCAGGAACUAAUAAAAGAUAAAUUUUUAUGGCUUAUGGAGGAAUAUUUGCAAUAUGACUGUGACAUUCAUACGUUUCGAACAAGGAAUGAAUUAUUUACACCCUGUAUACCUGAUGAAAUGAACAUAGUAUCCAUAUGGACAGAAGAUAUUGUAUUUGCAAAAAACUUAGCGAUACACUAUAUUUCUUUAAAUAGAGAUGUUCUAUUUAUAAAUACGCACAUGGAUUUCUAUGAUGGUAUUGUGGUUUUGCCAUAUAUAAAAACAACUGAAAUACCAUAUAAAUUGCAUUUGAAGAAAGAUGAUUGUGCUAAAAAAUUAAAUUUGCAAAAAAGUAUAGUUUACAAUUUAUUUUAUGAUGGUAUGUGGCAACGGCCGGUAAAAGAUACAUAUUGGAUACAUAAUGAUUGUCAAUGGGCAAAUGCAACAAGUGACGAUAUUAUCAAAUGUGUUACUUCGGCCAGAAAAGGAUUCAAAAUUUGGAGCACUGAAUCUAUCACUUAUAGAAUAAAAAUAUUAUCUAUAUUUGCAUCUAUGUUAGAGUACAAUGGUAAAUCUGCAUUAGCAGAUAUAAUAUCAACGUGGAUAAAAUUCUCGAGUGUCUGUGAAAAUUCCUUAUUUUGCUCACAAAGUGGAGGAUUAGAAGUAACGAAAAUUCGUUACCCAAAAGGCAUUAUCAUUUUGAAGGAGGAAGACGAAGCUGUUUUAUUUCGUCGAUUGACGCAAGUUUUAACUGUUGGCAAUUCUGUUAUUGUGAUAUGCAAUAUAAAUUUUUGUAGUCUGGCACCAUAUUGUAACAUGUUAUUGGCAUCUGAUGUACCUCCAGGUGUCAUUAAUUUGUUAUCAAAUGAAACUAUAAAAGAGCUAGAAUUAUCUCUAUGUGGAACGGACUAUGCAAAUUAUGCAGAACUGCUUUUCUCAGAAAAUAGCCUUGAGGAAACAUACAUAAAGCUUACCAAACCCAAGCCAAUUAUACUUCCUCUUAAAUAGUCAUAAUAUGUAAAAAAUAUUUAAUGUUUUUUUGUAACGAAAGCGUCGAUAUACAUAUAAACAUUAUGAUAAACAUACAUUUAUUUCCACAAUUUAUUUUACAAUUUCCAUCAUCCAUUCACCAAUUAUUUAAAAUUUAAAAUAAAGUUGAUAAUUUAAGAUUAUAAAAAAAGAUUGCGAGAUUAGAAAGAUUUUGCAAAGUGCUAUAAAUUUUAUCGAUAGAAUGCCAACAGAAAUGUAUAAGAAUCUGCAAGAUUCUUAUACUAGAAAUGUGUAAGAAUACGAUAAUAAAUUGAUC